AUGGCGCCACCCAUCCACGUCAAGGAGAAAGAGGUCCGCGACGAGUCCGCUCGAUUGCAGAUCGUAAUCGUUGGAGCAGGACUUGCCGGCCUAGGCACCGCAAUCAGCUGCUGUCUCGCCGGCCACGACGUGCAUAUCCUCGAAUCCGCGCCCGAAAUCAAAGAAAUCGGCGCUGGCAUCCAAGUCCUUCCCAACUCCUCCCGCGUCCUUCAGCAUUGGGGUCUCGGCGACACGUUAACCCCCUACAUGACUUUCCCGCGGGUCUGCAACUUUGUCGGAUGGAAGGGAAAUCACAUUUCGUCGCUGGACUUCCAUGCGUCGGAGAGCCAAUACCCGGGGACAUGGUAUCGAGACUUUCACCGCGCGGACCUCCACCGGUGUCUAGUUGAGCGGGCACUGGAGGUUGGUGCAAAAAUGACAUGCAAUGCGCGCAUCGACGAUGUGAAGGUGGCUCCAGGCGGAGAGUCGGCUACGGCCAUUGCUUCGGACGGGAGGGAAUGGACAGCUGAUCUGUUGAUCGGUGCAGAUGGGGUGUUUGGCAAGUUAACAGAAGUCUUGCUGGGGAGAGAAGAUCCGCCGAUUAAGACGGGGGAUUUGGCAUACCGAUUGCUCCUAUCGACAGAGGAGAUGCUAAAGGAUCCGGAGCUGGAGAGUUUCGUUACGGAUCCCCAGGUGAAUUAUUGGUUGGGGCCUGAUGCUCAUGCUGUGAAUUAUGUUCUCCGGGGUGGUGAUCUCUUUAACAUGGUGCUUCUCGUACCAGAUGAUAUUCCCGAGGAGUCGCUCGCCACGACAGUUGCAGGCAACGUAGAAGAGAUGUGCGCCUUGUUCGAAGGAUGGGAUCCACGAAUCGAAAAACUGCUGAAGCUCUGCCAGUCGGUCCAUAAAUGGCGCCUUUGCAUUCGCUACGGCGACUACGACUGGGCCCAUCCCUCCGGAGCCUGGACCAUGCUCGGCGACGCCGUCCACGCUACGCUACCCUAUUUAGCCUCUGGAGCCGGCAUGGCCUUCGAAGACGGCGCGGUCCUCGGAGAAUGUCUCUCACGACUCCCCAACGCCCCGGGGACAUCCAAGACCUCUGCCGAUUUCCUAUCAGCCAAGCGCCACGCUCUAUCCGUAUUCGAAAAAUGCCGCAAGCAGCGCACGAAGAUGGUAGUCGAGCGCGGAAACACGCAGCAGUACCUUUACCAUCUGCACGACGGGCCGGAGCAGCAGGAACGCGACCGGAAGAUGCAGAUGGUGCCGACGCCAGAAGGGGAGGCGCUGGCGUGGAGGGAUCCGGGCCUAGCGCCGAAGUUGUUGGGGUAUGAUCACAUUGCAGAUGUGGAUGAGAAUUGGGGCGAUGGGGUCUUGGGUGCUAUGGAUACAGUAGACAGGACUUCACGGUUGUAAG